UGGCGGGCGGAAGCCACGUGGGGCCGGGGGCGCAGCCGCCGCGCCGCCCGCACCCAAGAUGGCGGCGGUGACUAUGAGGCUGCCGGUGGCUCGGAAGGCGGCGGGGCUGGGCCCGGUCCCGGGCGGCGAGAAGCAUCUGGUGGCGCCGGGGGACACGAUCACCACGGACACGGGCUACAUGAGGGGCCACGGCACCUACGUGGAGGAUGAGAAGCUCAUCGCCUCGGUGGCCGGCGCCGUGGAGAGGGUGAACAAGCUGGUGUGUGUCAAAGCGCUGAAGACCAGGUACAACGGCGAGGUCGGCGAUAUCGUGGUCGGGAGGAUCACGGAGGUUCAGCAGAAGCGAUGGAAAGUGGAAACAAAUUCCAGGCUAGAUUCAGUCUUGCUGCUGUCAUCUAUGAAUUUACCUGGUGGGGAACUGAGAAGGAGAUCAGCAGAAGAUGAGCUUGCAAUGAGGGAUUAUCUGCAGGAAGGUGACCUCAUCAGUGCAGAGGUCCAGUCUGUGUUUUCUGAUGGGGCUGUGUCACUGCACACUCGGAGUCUGAAAUACGGGAAGCUUGGCCAGGGUGUGCUCGUUCAGGUCUCUCCCUCCUUUGUGAAACGCCAGAAGACUCACUUCCACGACUUGCCCUGUGGUGCAUCCGUGAUCCUCGGCAACAAUGGUUUCAUCUGGAUCUACCCAACUCCAGAGCAGAAAGAUGAAGAAGCAGGGGGCUUCACCACCAACCUGGAGCCAGUUCCCAUGUCUGACCGGGAGGUAAUCUCACGGCUCCGAAACUGCAUUGUGGCUCUGGUUACUCAGAAGUUGAUGCUCUUUGACACCAGCAUCCUGUAUUGCUAUGAAGCAUCCCUUCCUCAUCAGAUCAAGGACAUUCUCAAACCAGAGGUGAUGGAGGAGAUCGUUCUGGAAACCCGACAGAGGUUGCUGGAUCUGGAAGGAUAGGGCACAUGGCCAGAUGCAGUCAUUUGAAGUCCCAGCAUGGCAGCUUUUGAUUUUCACUAUUAUUUAUUUUCAGUGUUCUUCUCCCCAGCAUUCAUUCCACACUUCAGAAACCACCAAAAUUCCUCAUUUUAACACCCAGGAAACCUCCUGAGCCCUUUUAGUACAAUAGUACUAAAUAGUACUUAAAUACAAUAGCCUUUUAGUGCAGCAGCCUGAAAAAUUGAUAUCUGACCUUUAUGAAGAUGUAGAUGCACCUGGUAAUAUCUCAUAGUACUUGUUGCUGUGUCUAGUGCCCCUGAACUUUGUGCAAAAUGAUGGAGAGGAAGGAAUGUGUUUCGUGGUGCUUCUCUCCCCUAAGUCUUUCUAAAUGGUUUUGAUUUUUCCUUUACUGUGAUGUAGAUCUGCCAGUCAGUCCUCUGACUGGGAGCGCUUGUUUUUCUCAUUAAGACUUCAGAUCACAUACUGGUCUUAAGAGGACAGGAGUAUCCACACCCUUGCUAACCACAUUUGGGGUCUGGCUGUUCAUGGCUUCUGUGCCUCAAUGGUGUGAGACUGGAUAUGGCAUGAUGUGGCUGUCCACAUGAGCCAGGAGCCAUGGGCAAGCAGUGCCUUCUCAGUCUGUGCAUCCUGUUGGUCUCUUUUUUUUAUGCCUGAUGUGGUGAGCUGCUCUGAAGAGGCUCCAGUAUUGUUUUCUAUUAAAUAUUUUACAUUUCAAUAAAUUUUUUGAAAUUGAUCAGUCA